GGUCGUCGUUUCAGUGGGCCACAAUAGUUUAAAGCUGCCGUAUGCGUGAUCCUUUUUCGGUCUCGGUGUAUAGGUAUACUGCCGCGUGUUAUCAAAAGGAAGAAGCGCGUGAGGUGUUAUUAUCUCCUGAUAACAAAUUUCCUCCGCCUUGCGUUUUCGGCAUUGCCUUACAGGCAGUGAUGCCUUUUUUGGCACUUGGGUUUCGUUCUGGGCGUCGUUAUUUAUUUGGUGGGCGGCGCAAAUGGCUUUAAAAAUCUUCAAGAUAUGUCGGAGAAGUCGGAAAAAGCUUCGCACUGGGCAGAGUCUACAUCUCCAAGCCAGCGCAUGGCGCUUGGAGUUUCCAGGCAGGGAAGAAGUCGCGUUGUUACAGAUGUGCAUUUCGGUGGUCACCGGCUUGCAGAGGUGUUUUUGGACGGAUAUGGCCGUAUUGAGUCCUGCAACAUGUUCGGUGAUAGGGCGCUCAUCGGUGAAUUGCUUUCAUCUGCUCCCGCUUUUGUUGUGGAUCAGGUAGACGAAUAUCAGAUGACCAACGUAGUGCAGCAGUGCGCACAGAGGCCCCAGAAUGCCAAGGAUUCAUAUUUCCCAAGGCUCCGGGACAAGGGACUUCAAGGAGCCCUCAUGUUUCCAGGAACGAAAUGGUGUGGCGCUGGAAACAUAGCGACUGACUACAACGACCUCGGAGUGUCCUGGCAGGCGGACAUGUGCUGCCGUGAACACGACUCCGCCAAGGAAAGCAUACCAGCCUUUGGAGCAAAGCGCGGAAUAAGAAAUAGGCUGUUCUAUACAAUGACAGGUUGUGAUGCUGAUAAAAAGUUCUUCAACUGUCUGCUGAACGCCCAAACGUUUACUGCUUUUUCACUGGGCAUAGGAUAUUUCGACCUUCUUAGGACAAAGUGCUACAAGUACGAUCGUCCAACAAAGUGCGCCGAUAAACACAGAAGGCGCAAGCCGCAUCUGAAGGUGUUUUGUAAAAAAUAUGUCGUAGACAAGUGGAGAGUCAAGAAAUGGCGUAUCUACGACCCGCCCAACUUUUUCAAGGCCUACUUUCUGGCGAAGAUAGGCGUCAAAGGUGUGAACGAUAUAUGGACUUCGGAAACAAAAAAAUAAAAGGAACAAAUGACUUUUAAAAAAAAGUGUUUACGUGAACAACGUAACAUCAAACCUAGAAAGCGCACAUAACUGCUCCAUAUUUAUGUCGUAGCGUCGCCUUAACAACUAUACGAAUGCACGAAUGAGAAAAGAUUUUUUUUU